CUAACUCAUGGAUCCAUAUCAGAAACUGGGGCUUUGUGCAGAUGCUGAAGAGAGUUGAAGAGCAACGAUUCAUGGACUUCAAGGAUAAGGCUCCUUGUCUUGCGUCUCCGCUUGCGGCAUCUUGGUACUGCUCCCGUUUCUUGAACUAUAAGAAACACGCACCCAAGUGCUACAAGACGACGCGUGGACUUCUCUCUGUCUAAUCAACAGGAGCUUGGCCUCGAUUAUACAUACGACGUCCCGCGGGACCGCAUCGCAAGCCUCUGCAGUUACGUGACGAAUUAAUUUUGGGGAUGUGCGCAAACUUCUAGUGGCAUGAUUUACAGUAACAUCUAUAACUAAAACUAACCGCUCGCUUCUUUAAUCUAAGGGGGCGUUGAUGUCAGUGAAUGCUUCCAAAAAAAAACCUGUGUUCUAAAUAUAGACAAAAACUAUAUCUAUGUAUACAUGCUCCCUCCGAUGCUUAUCUCUACGGGGCAAUACCCAACAUGUGGGCCUCGUUGACUUAAGAAAUCAUAUGCAGCACGAUGCUGCUCCCGCCGACUUCCCUCUAACGCAAUUGGUUCGAGUACGUGAUGGAGAUCCGCAAAUAUUUGCGCUUAUGGCAAUUAAAGUCCCAAAACCAAACUUGACCAAGCUAAAGCUUCCACUUGUUCUUCUAGGUGACCUUUCAGCAAGACUCUGCGUGUUCUGGUGUACAAUGUGGAUUAACCAGAUUGAUAACUUCAGACCUAUAUGGCUUACCUUACCUACGAGUUUCCCAAAGUCCUCUAACAUAGAAGGGCGGCAGCUUGGACGAUAUCGAUGAAGAGAAUCCAAUUUAUGACAAGCUGAGUUUGACACUUUCUUAUACACAGUCAUGGUCUAUCCUUUGUAGUUGCAGCUAUUCCUGCUUCUAGUUACUUCUCCAAGUUGACGCGCGUGCCCCUUCUGCCCUGUCUCUUCUGUGACUGACACAUCCCUGCUGUGAUUAUCACCGGACAUGGAGCAGGAGUACUAUGUCUCUCUUCGAUGGAAUAUCCUUUCCAGAGAGAGACACGUUUGGGAUUUCACUAUGCAUAUUACCCUUUAUCCACGCUCUAAGAUCUCACUCUGUUCGCAAGCAUGGCAUCCGGCAACAGCACAGCCAACGGGAGUCGUUUUAUGAUGAUUGAUAACGAUUCCUAA